CUUACAAAUACUAGCGUACCGUCCCACUUCUCAAGCCACUUUGCCCUGUGUUAGUGUUAAUCUCUCUCCUUCUCUCAAAAGCCAGAUCUAAGCUACACAACCGAUGGCCACGAUUCAGAUCGUCAAGGCGAGACAGAUCUUCGACAGCCGCGGCAAUCCGACGGUGGAGGUGGACCUGGUUCUAUCAGAUGGUAAUAAAGUUACCGCUGCUGUUCCAAGUGGAGCAUCGACUGGAGUUUAUGAGGCCCUUGAAUUAAGAGAUGGGGGAUCAGACUACCUUGGAAAAGGUGUAUCAAAGGCUGUUGAGAAUGUCAACAAAAUUAUCGGUCCUGCUCUCAUCGGGAAGGACCCAAGGGAUCAGGUUGCCAUUGACAACUUCAUGGUUCAAGAACUUGAUGGUACUACAAAUGAGUGGGGCUGGUGCAAGCAAAAGCUUGGAGCAAAUGCAAUUCUUGCCGUGUCUCUUGCAGUUUGCAAAGCUGGAGCUGUUGUCCAGAAAAUUCCACUUUACAAGCACAUUGCCAACCUUGCUGGAAACAAGAAGUUGGUGUUGCCAGUUCCUGCUUUCAACGUCAUCAAUGGUGGAUCUCAUGCAGGGAAUAAACUUGCCAUGCAGGAGUUCAUGAUCCUUCCAGUGGGAGCUUCUACUUUCCAAGAGGCUAUGAAAAUGGGUGUGGAAGUAUAUCACAAUUUGAAGGCUGUGAUCAAAAAGAAAUAUGGCCAGGAUGCAACUAAUGUUGGUGAUGAGGGUGGCUUUGCUCCCAAUAUUCAGGAGAACAAGGAAGGCCUUGAACUGCUUAAAACAGCCAUUGCUAAAGCUGGCUAUACUGGAAAGGUUGUUAUUGGAAUGGAUGUUGCUGCAUCUGAGUUUUAUGGAUCAGACAAGACCUACGAUCUGAAUUUCAAGGAAGAGAACAAUGAUGGUUCACAAAAGAUCUCCGGAGACAAGCUCAAAGAUCUAUACAAGUCAUUUGUGACUGAUUACCCCAUCGUAUCAAUUGAAGAUCCCUUUGACCAAGAUGACUGGGAGCACUACACCAAGCUGACAAGUGAAAUUGGUGAGAAAGUACAAAUUGUGGGAGACGAUCUCUUGGUCACCAAUCCCAAGAGGGUUGAGAAGGCAAUCCACCUGAAAGCUUGCAACGCUCUUCUUUUGAAGGUUAAUCAAAUUGGAUCCGUAACCGAGAGUAUUGAGGCCGUAAAGAUGUCCAAACGUGCUGGUUGGGGUGUGAUGGCUAGUCACCGCAGUGGAGAGACAGAGGACACUUUCAUUGCCGACCUCUCUGUUGGUUUGGCAACGGGCCAAAUUAAGACAGGAGCUCCAUGCAGGUCCGAGCGCCUUGCCAAGUACAAUCAGCUCUUGCGAAUCGAAGAGGAGCUUGGUUCUGAGGCAGUGUACGCAGGAGCAAGCUUCCGCAAGCCCGUGGAGCCCUACUAGAUCCGAGUUUUGUGUCAAGACCGUGUGUCCUGUCGAGGUUGAGUUUCACCUGCAGUGAAUAAAUCUACAUGCAGAAUGGAUGUGUCUGCAAGACCUGACCCCUCUGUAAUAAUUAUAACUCAAAAAGUUUUGGGCCGAGGACUAAAGACAAUCUGAGAAACGUUUUGAAGGAGCAUGUUUUGUCAACUAUUUCUUACUUUUUUCAUCUUGAUACUCCCUAGUUCGGAUCGGGAUUUCUAUAUGAAUUUUUGUGAUGAGAUGGUUCUGGUUGUGCAA